AGUGAGUUAAAAGAACGAAAAUUUGUAAAAAUGGUAAAACCUUUGGAAAAAGCUAGUUGCUUGGAACUUCGCACCGCUGGUUUAAUUAUUGGCUGGCUAGGAGUGUUUGGAAGCAUUUUGUAUUUUUGUAUAGCGACUGUUACUUUGGUAAAAGCGGUUAAGGAGGCUGAUUAUGUGGCAGCAGAAAAUGGCGAAGUGGCAAGAUCACAUGACCAAACCGAAUCUGCAGUUUUCGUACUUGGCGGUACCCUAAUCGGUGUUUUAAUCUUGGGUGCUGUGGUAUCAGGGUUACUUAUAUACGGAAUCAACCAGAACCGACGUUCUAUGUUGCUGCCCUGGUUGGUGUUAGUUGCUUUUCGCGUUGUACUCAGCUAUUUCCAAUUGUGGCGAGCCUUGUUUGACUUUGUUGCUGUUUCAUACAGCUUUCCACUCUUCUUUUAUGAAGUUUUUUUUACGGGUCUGAAUAGCUACAUUUACUAUGUAAUAUACUCACUAUACACACAUAUGAAAAUUGAUUGCGGAAACGGUCGCGCAUUGACUUUGCCACCAGCAGCAGAAGUACAAUUGAAACAAAACGAUCCUGCAUCUUAUAUCUAAUAUUAAUAUUACAACAAAACUUUCCCUCCGCAUAUCCACCGAACGCAUAUACAACUACCUACCCCACCUUUAAUAAGGUAUAAGUUCGGGA